AUGGCUACUCAGCAUAAACAAGACCCGAUUGUGUUGGUCAUUGACUUUCACCAUGCACGUGGUCCCGAGAUUGAGCAUUGCAUUGCCGACGAUGGAACCGACCCAGCAAUCGAAAAUGACUGGUCUCUGCUACCAUUCAUGGCCCUGUCUGACGGAGCGCAUCUGUAUGACACCCUGUUCUUUGAAAAAUACCUCCCCGCUCCCCUAGCGCAAUUCCGCAACAAGCGGAAUUACUCUGUGCCAGACCAACUAACCCCUCAAUUUUGCAGGUCAACCGAGGAAUUCUCCUAUUUCACACUCCGCCGAAUUGAUACCCCAAAUACACCUGGGACUUCUCUCUUCGGAAUCGCUUGUUCUCGCCAGUUGGACUCGAGCCUCCUUAUCAACCGCUCGCCCGAGGUGACUCGGUCAACUGUGCAGAAGGCUGUAGUGGUCGUUACGGAUACUCCGCAGCGAGUGGGUCAAUUGCGCGAGAAACUCUCCGUGGUGACUUCCGCUUGGUUUGCGCAACGCGACUUCUCCGAUGUUGAUAUUCUAAAUAAAUUCCGCGAGGGCUUGGUGAUUGCUUUGCUGAAUGACGAUGGUCCGAAAGACCACAACUUAGGCCUUUCGCUUCGGGAGAUGAUUCACGAAUUUAAAUCUCAGACAUUGGUCCUUUUCAAGGCACUACUGUUGCAGCCCAAAAUGCUGUUCUUCGGGACGCGCUGUGAACGCCUGUGCAUGAUUCAGUUCUCCCUUGUAUCUUUAAUACCCGGUCUCAUCAACAACUUGCAAGACUGUGCGGAUCCUUCUUUCGACAGCUAUUCCAAGAGUGUUGAGAAACCAACAUCUCUCAAGACGAGUGACAGAAGUUCUUUGUUGGCUUACAUGGGCCUUCCACUGCAAAUUUUCGGCAAGGGAAGCAUGUUUGGUCCUUAUACACCUCUCCAGCUGCUGGAUCUGCUGGCGGAUGAUGGGACGAAAUCAUAUGUGGUUGGCUCAACAAAUUCAUUGCUGCUACAACAAAAGGACCGAUACAGCGAUAUUCUAAUCAACCUUGACGAAGAUAGUAUUGUCAUCAACUCUCCUUCGCUCCGCGCUGCCCUAGCCCUUUCCGCGGCCGACAGGCGUUGGAUUGACCUCCUCACGCAAAUUGUGAAUGACACCUGGGAUGAGGAUCACCCAUCUCAACCCAAAACCCUUGGUUUCAUGGGCUCAGAAGAAUUCAUUCGGCUGCAGUUCGAAGAAUACUUGCUGGCCUUGCUAUCUUGCAUGAAAUACCAUGAGGAGCUUUAUCUCUGUGAUACUGGAGAAUCGGGCCAUCGCAGCAGGGCCCAACUGCAAAAUUUCAACAUCGAAGGAGACCCUGCAAUCGACUUCAACACAGAGUUCCUCACCCAGUGGAAAACCACUUCCAACUACGCCUUGUUUUCGCGUCUCACUUCCGAUGCACUUCUGUUCUCUAUCACAGAGCCGCGACACCCAAACGCCGGCGGUCUCUCAAUGGACGAUAUCCAAAGGCGACUCUCGCAGCAGGUAGCAGACCUCCACCUUGAUGAGCGAGUCCGUGAAGGUCGAGAAGCCUUGAACCGCCACAUCUCAACCGGACAAAAGAAAGUGAGCGCAGUUUUCAACAACUUCUGGUCUGAUAUCGAGACAAUGCGCGAAGCUCAACGCAAACGCACCGAGGAGAGAUAUAUCUCUCAAUCUCAGUCGCAACGCACCUCCUUUGACAAAGAAGCCCCACUCUCACCAACCCUCUCGCAAAAUCCCGCAGAUGCGUCUUGGUUCGCAGGCCGCUCAAGGCCAUCCGUCGACAUGACCCAGGCCCAAGCCUCCGUAAGCGCCGCAAGCCAAAAAGCUACCUCCUAUCUCAGCUCAUGGGGAUCGUGGGCCAGUGAAAAACGCCGCGAAUGGACAGACAAGCGUGGGACGUCCGCAAGCCCGAACGCCAACUCCAAUACUACGACUUCGCCAUCUAGCUCGGUCCUCAAUCUCGCCACCGAGUUCACUGACUUGGACCGGGGUCGCCGCCUUUCCAUCCAGAGUAAGAGGAGUGAACGCAACGAGAGCAAGGGCUCACGCACUGAAAGCCCCAACGGCGAGGGUCUUACUCGCAGCCUCAGCAGAAGAAAAAGAUGGAGUAACAUCCUGCUCAGACGCGAAAGCGGCGAAUUCCAGCGCCGCGAUGAUGUCUCUACCUCCGAUUCUUUCGAUACUCCGUUCCCCAAGUCUCCCCUAUCCCAGGGCCUGCCUGCUUACACGGAUGAUACGGAGCUGAAGCGCAUCCAAGAUUCCCAGGAAGGAAAGUCUUCAGCUCAGGAUACCGUCGAUGCAGACGGGUUCUCCUCCGUGUCUCUUACGCCAACCGAAGGCCUGGGAUUGACCAUGAAACCCGACGAAAGUGGUUUCAUGACCCAGAACGAAUCCACCCCCAAGGGUGUGGAGGUAGAUUCAUCGCUUGGCGAUUCGAUGACAGCUUUGCCUGCCAAGGAGACACAUCCAACCCAGAAUAAAGACUCGUCUGGUACGAACUAA